CAAAAAUAGCUACUGUAAUAGAUAUUCCCCUAUCUCAUCCUACAAAAAUAAAUAUCUAGACCAUAUAUCAUUGCACAAAGUACUAAUCAAUAGCCAAAAAUUACUACUACAACAUAUGGCCUCAACUGCUCAACUUAUUCCUACUCCACAAUCUCCAUCAUCGCACAAAACUCUUUGCACUCCCUUAAAAGGCCUAUCAUCAUGCUCAACAAUGUGGCAACUCAAGCAAUUACAUGCCCAAAUCAUCAAACUUGGUCUAUCAAACGACAACGACGCAAUGGGUCGAGUCAUAAAAUUGUGCGCGCUAUCUCAUUCAUGUGAUUUAAAUUACGCACUCAAAGUGUUCGAUAAAAUGCCUGAACCAGAUACAUUUAUAUAUAACACUGUUAUUCGUGGUUUCUUGAAAUGUCAUAUGUUAAUAGAUUGCUUUGUGUUUUAUUCGCGCAUGUUAGAAUUGGUUGUUCCUAAUAACUUCACGUUUCCCCCCCUUAUUAGAAUUUGUUGUAUCGAAAAUGCUGUGGAAGAAGGGAAGCAGAUACAUGGUCAUGUGUUAAAAUUUGGGUUCGGGGACGAUAGGUUUACGCUGAAUAAUUUGAUUUAUAUGUAUGUGAAUUUACGUUGUUUGGAUGAAGCUAGAAAGGUGUUUGAUAAAAUGCGGGAUAGAGAUGAAGUCUCUUUGACCACAUUGAUUAGUGGAUAUGCUCAAUGGGGGUAUGUUGAGGAAGCUUUUCGAGUUUUUGAUUCGAUUGAGGAGAAGAGUUGUGUUUGUUGGAAUGCUAUGAUAUCCGGUUAUGUGCAGAACAACAAGUUUGACGAGGCGUUUGCUUUGUUUGAAAGGAUGAGGGUUGAGAAUGUUGUCGUGGAUAAGUUUCUUGCCGCGAGUAUGUUGUCUGCUUGUACGCGGCUUGGAGCGUUGAAGCAAGGGGAAUGGAUAGUUGAGUAUGUUAUGAAGAGGGGAAUUGAUUUGGACGCGAAGUUGGCUGCUACGAUUAUUGAUAUGUAUUGUAAAUGUGGUUGCUUGGAUAAGGGUGUUCGGUUCUUUAAAGGGUUGUCAAGAAAAGGAAUAUCGUCAUGGAAUUGUAUGAUUGGAGGGUUAGCGAUGCACGGUAAAGGUGAGGCUGCUAUUGAGCUUUUGAAGGAAAUGGAGAGGGAAAGAGUAGCUCCAGACUACAUUACGUUCGUGAAUCUACUUAGUGCUUGUGCUCAUUCGGGGUUGGUUGAAGAAGGAAAACACUAUUUUUGUUACAUGAAAGAAGCGUAUGGGAUUGAACCGGGCAUGGAGCAUUACGGGUGCUUGGUUGAUUUGCUCGGAAGAGCUGGAUUACUGGUGGAAGCAAGAAGGGUCAUUAGCGAAAUGCCUAUGAGUCCCGAUGUAGGUGUAUUGGGCGCUCUUCUGGGUGCGUGUAGGAUUCACAAGAACAUAGAGCUCGGUGAAAUGAUAGGAAAGCAGGUGAUCGAGUUAGAACCUCAGAACAGCGGUCGAUAUGUGUUGUUAGCUAAUUUAUAUGCCUAUGCCGGUAGAUGGGAAGAUGUUGCCAGUAUACGAAAGUUGAUGAAUGAUAGGGGAGUGAAAAAGGCCCCGGGCUUCUCCAUUGUUGAACUAGAAGGCGCGGUUAACGAGUUCAUUGCAGGAGGAAGAACUCAUCCUCAAGCCAAAGAGAUAUAUGCAAAGGUUACCGAAAUGCUGGACCGUAUAAAAUCUGCAGGCUACAUUCCAGAUUCUGAUGGAAUGCAACAGGAUAUCGAUGAGGAGGAAACAGAGAAUCCUUUGUAUUAUCAUAGUGAGAAACUGGCUAUUGCUUUCGGGUUAUUGAAGAGUAAACCUGGGGAAAUUCUUCGUAUCACCAAGAAUUUACGCGUUUGUAAAGACUGUCAUCGAGCAAGCAAGUUGAUCUCAAAGGUUUAUGACCGCGAAAUCAUCGUGAGAGAUAGGAACAGGUUUCACCAUUUUAAAGGUGGAGAAUGCUCUUGUAAAGACUACUGGUAAAGUUUUGGUGUGAACUAAUGCAAUGAUCAGAAAAAAGUAGACUCAAACCUCUUUAUAAUGACGUCAUUUAGUUGCUAUAGCGGAGUGCUGUUAUAGAGAACGUAUAGUAUAACAUAACACGAACGAUCAGUUCCACAGAACACUAUGAUUGUUAUAGAAAAGUCAGACGGUAUGUACUUGUUCUAUUCUAUUCAUAUACAGAUAGAACACGUAUGUUAUUAUACAGUGCUGAAUCAAAAUGCAAUAAACCAUUCUACAUUCAU